AUGCAACCCAUCAAAGAUUCAGAAGAAAUCGAAGAGUGUGAAAACGACGAGAUAUUCAAAAGCGAGGAUGAUAUGAAAAAGUCCCUUUCCAGAUUGUGUUACGGAGAUUUAUUUGUGAUAGGACGAAUUUGGAUAGAAGCACUCCAGGCUGUAUUGGUUGGAGCCAAAUUCCGUUUGAUACCUGUAGUUGAGGCUGCCGCGAAGAAUGAGCCACCGAAGAAACCACCACCGAUGAAAUAUAAAGAUUUGCCAAUAUAUGAAAACCCUCAUUACGAAUAUAAAGAUUACAUCGCUGACAAACAAAAGUGUCCUGGAUACAAGGAUAAAAUCAUACACAACGCGUUACUACCCCAUGUUACAAAAUCAAGGAAGAAAGCUUUGGAAUGUUACGGUAACUUAUGUUGUACUCUCAAAAGUAAUUGUAAUGUCCUUUGUUCUACUGUGAGAGAGAAUAAGAAGAAUUUUAAGGACUACAUGAGACAUCCUGAUAAUUUGGCACUAAGACAAGGAGUUCUUGCUACAGGAACGCUAACUGGCUUUCUUCUAGGAGGCGGAGGUGGUGUGCCAAGGAGAUUCUUUUUUACAAGUUUAGGAGCCCUAGCUGCUGGUGCAUUAUGUUUUCCUAAAGAAACUGACGAAUACUUCCGUGAAGCUUGCUAUCAUAGUGCUAAAGCUGUUUUGGCUGUUUACAAUACCACCUGUGGUAAGAACUUCGCUUUGAGAGAGAGAAUUCCUUGCAAAGAUGAUCUACCUAAGGAGCCGAAGCCUAGAAAGCCACUUUGUCCGCAGAAGAAGUGA